CCCCCUGGCGGGCCUCACUACGCCACGCCACCACAUCGCCUUCAGUUUCAGUCGGUGCGGGGACGCCGUGGUGCAAGUUGAAUGCUCUUUACUAAACCAGCCGGCUUACAAUUCUCCAACGGCUUAUUGAACAAACAUGUCCCUCGGUCGGUUCCACAAGGCGGCUCAGGACGGACACAUCGAGAUCCUGAAGGAGUCGACGAAGAGGGAAUGCAACGCGAAAGACGAGGACGGGAUGACUCCGACCCUGUGGGCGGCAAACAAUGGACACCUAGACGCUCUCCGGCUCCUCGUAGGGAGAGGAGGCGACAUUGAAAAGACAAAUUACCAUUUUGGGCAGACGGCACUUCAUCUGGCUGCUGCCAAAGGGCAUCUACCUUGUGUUUCUUUUCUCGUGGGAUUCGAUGCGAACCUGUUUGCCCUAGACCAUGACCUCCACACGCCGCUCCAGAUCGCCACAAACCGGGAAGUAAUAGAUUUCUUGGAUAAAGCGAUGGCGAAACAGCUUAUAUAUAACAAGAAAGAAGUCAAAGCCAAAAAAGAAAAGGCCCUGAAGGAUGCCGAGAGACGGAGAAAAAAGUACGACGAAAAGAUGAAAAAGGAGAGGGACAAAGAAGAAAAACGAAUCAAAAAGGAAAUCGGUACUAGAAUAGAAAAAGACACGCCGAUACCAACGAUUCCUAAUAAUACCAUGAGAAAAGCCGUCGUUGCAGUCAAUGGCCCCACCUUUACAGAAAUUGUAGGAGGCACUUUGUCGAAGAAACCCGUGACCGGAAUGAAAAAGAUAUUGGAGAAGAAACUGAGACAUGACGACAAAUACGAAAGCGGUACUAAAGGCCAUAACAAAAAGGAUGCUCAGAUAAUCUAUGUCAAUUCUUAUGAGAAUCCCAUUAAUGGUAAAAGAGGUAAAAUAUCCGAUAUCUUCUCAAGUCAGACAGGAAUAAACAAUCUUCACCAGCAAGCUUCUAUUUUUGACAGGCCCGGGUUCGGCAGUGUUGCUUUCAGGCAAAGAUCGAAUCUAGCUGGUACAUUGAGUGGAACACCUGGAAGCGAUGUAAUAUUUGAAAAGGACGGCGAAGAGGAGGUAGGCUCAGAGACAAGCAUAGGAAGUGCAGGAAGCCUGGCAAACCGGCAGGGCCCACAACAUGCAUGGAACGUUGACGACAUCACAACAAGUGACGAAGAAAAUGUUGUGUCAAAUGGACAAUGGUCACCAUUGGAGAGGUUCCUGGUGUCGGCUGGGGUGGAGGAAUACACACCUAAGUUGCUGGAACAGCAAGUAGAUUUAGAAGCAGUCCUUAUGCUCACUGAUGAAGAUCUCAUUCAAUUAGGAGUGCCUAUGGGACCAAGACGAAAACUUUUACACGCAGUAGAACAGAGGAAGCAGGCGCUCAAGAAUCCUGGUCUCUUACAAGACACCAGACUUUGAUCAUAUACCAACCAUAAGUACCUUCACAAUGAAUUUAGAUUGAUAGGUUGUAUUCGCUAAAAUUUUGUUUUCUAAAACCUUAAAGUUUUAUUUGUUGUUAUUAUUUUAUCAACUUUUUUGGAUCUCUGUUAAUUUGUAAUUGUACCCAGUAUGUUGUGCAUUUAAAACACAUUGCUAAAUACCAAAGAAUUUUGUUUAGUUCACAUGUAUUUAUUGUUGUGCGCAAUUUGCCACUUACAUUGUUUGUAUUUGAAACUUGUAUGAGUGUUGUGUAACAAAUAAAAUAUCUCAUUCAAAG